UCUCUCUCUCUCUCUCUCUCUCUCUCUCUCUCUCUCUCUCGUAGUGACUCGUGAGGAUUCGCCUAGAGAUUUACAAAAAUAUUAUACCCUUUUAGGGUUGCUGAUAUACUAAUCGUAAAGAGAGGUUUCGUGUAUAUAUAUACAUAUUUAUGGGUUUGAAAGAUAUUGGGGCAAAACUGCCACCGGGGUUUAGAUUUCAUCCGAGUGAUGCGGAGCUGCUUUGUCAUUAUCUUCUCAACAAAAUUAGAUCCAAAUUUAGUCAUUAUGACCAUGACCAUGAUGAUGAUGGAGAAGCUAAUAUGAGGAAGGGUGGUAAUACUGAUCUCGUGGAAAUUGACCUCCAUACUUGUGAGCCAUGGCAGCUUCCUGAGGGGGCGAAGCUUAACGCGAAAGAAUGGUACUUCUUCAGCUUUAGAGAUAGGAAGUAUUCAACAGGAUACCGUACGAACAGAGCCACCGUUUCUGGCUACUGGAAAGCGACGGGAAAAGAUCGGAUGGUCGUGGAUCCUCGAACGAGACGGACGGUGGGGAUGAGGAAGACUCUUGUAUUCUACCGAAACAGGGCUCCCAACGGUAUCAAGACCACUUGGGUCAUGCACGAGUUCCGUCUUGAGUGCCCUAGUGCUCCCCCCGAGGAAGACUGGGUCCUGUGCAGAGUCUUCAACAAGUGCAAAGAAUCUCAAAUUGAAGACAACGAGUCAAGGUUUGCUAGUUCCACUCCUCCUUACGCCACUAAUUACACCCAGAUGGCACGAUCAUCCCCUCCAUUGCGCAAUAAUGAUCACAACCAUCAUCGUGAGAUCCCAUGUGGAUGGGAGCAGAUAUACCGGCCAUCAUCAUCCCCUCCGUCGAGCAACAUCGACCAUCCUGAAGAUCAAACGAUGAAGAUUCCAUGUGGUUGGGAUCAGAUGAUGGGGUUGGUCUCCUCAUCUUCCAGUCACGGUCCUCAGACUCACGAGUCUUUGUUGAACCUGCUUUACGGCAGUGGCCUGGAGUUUUGUGACGAUGAGAAUGACUAUGGAAACGUGUUCUCCGGCAUGGAUUUGGAGAAGGGAUCAUCGUCUUCUGAUGGUUUGGUAUCUGAUAUUCACUUGGAGAACGAUAGGUUGAGCUUUGAGAUCCACAAAACUACGGUAGCAUUCCACUACCAAUGAAAGGGAAAAAGAAAGAAGAUAUACAUAUUUAUAUAUAAUUACAAUUAUAUCCACGGAUAAGAUAUGCAUGUACAUAUGUGAUAUUUGGUGUGUCGUUUAGUUUUUUCUU